AUGCAGCUCAUGGCAGAACAAUUCAAUCAAGUGCAUCAGAUUCUCGCAGCUUUGUCGGCGCUGUGGCAAGUCUCUGGCGCUUUUCGAACCCUGAAUGUUGAGUUCCUCGACGAUACUGGGAGCAUCCAAGCUCCGCCGUCGCCUUGUCUCCACACCACAUUUCUUGCAGCCAAGGAGAUGGAUACGAUCGAGCUCAGGCGUUUACUUCGCCCGCUUUGUGGACUUGGGAAGAACGUUGUCGUUCACGUAAGCGCGCUACCUCUUGCUGUUGCAGCAUACAUCACGACUCGCGAAGUGCUUUUUGUGCCUGCUGAGCAUCCGUUCAAAACAUACGCCUCUCUCGCCGGUCGCGUUGAUGCAGCUAUUUCGAAAGUCAGAGAUGCUGGACUCUGCUGUACACGAGUUGAUUCUACAGACAACAAGCCUUGUGGUAUCCGAAGCUUGGAGAAGAAGCUGUUGAUCGUAAGAGAGAAGAUCAUAAUUUGUGACAUUGGGUCAAGGCAUGCCGAAGAAGAGUUGGAAAUGGAUUUCGACGCUUUGAGUGGGUUUCUGGAAUCGAGGAAGGUGCGGGAUCUGGUUGAGAUGGCAGAUGGCUUGCUUCUGUGCCUUGGAGAGUCAUUUGAUGAUUGUGAGUAG